CUCGAAAAAAUGUUGGGAGAAUUAAAUAUUGCCAAUGAAUCAAUGGCUGCAGAACUUGGACCUCUUGCACAACAAAAAGGUGUUGUACUUGUAGAACAAGGGGAACAAUUAAUCUUACAAUGGAAAGGAGAGAAUAAAGAAGAAAUUUGUAUUAAUCAGAAUAUCUGUGAAAGAAUUGCUCAAAAAGUUCAAUCACUUAAAGAAGCUGUUAUUGCUGUUGUACAAUUGGCUAGAGAGAAGAUUGGGGCUAGUAAAGCUCAGAAAGUUGUUGAAAAGCUAACAAUAUUGGACAAAUGGCUAAAUACGGUUGCUAAUUCAUUCCUAUCUGAAUCACUCAUUCUGAGUCCAAUAGCUGCUGAAACAACCGAAUUCAUUGCUAAACAUAAGAGUUUUUUGGCAGAAAUAACGGAAAAUGAAAAUCUUCUCAAAACAGUCCAAAAUCAUCAAAAACAUUUGGAUUCCAACCAACUCGAGCAAUUAAUUAAUAUUCAAAGAAAACUGAUUUCCUAUAAAAUAAUAAUUGAAAAACGAUUGGAAUUGGCUUCAAAAUUAGAACAACUACAAAAAUUAGGACGUGAAUUAGAAACUUCACUUCAUUUUCUUGCUACAUUAUUGCAAGGUGGUGGAUAUAGACCAGAAACAGAACAACAUGUUAAUAAUUUAUUACAAACAGUCAAGGAACAUUGUAUAAGAGAGAAACAACAAUCCGAUAAUUUUCAACGAUUGGCUUCUGAGCUUGAACUAAAUGAUCCUAACUUAGUCACAAUCGAGGCAAUAGACUGGUCACGCUCUCAAGUUGUCUCACAUCAACGUCAAUAUUCUUUAUUUGAACAACAAUGCCAACAAUUUAUGAAUUUUAAAGAAAUUCAAUCAGAAAAUAAUUUUAAAAAACAAAAUUUACAACAAACUUCAAUAAAGACUAUCAAAGAAAAUAAACAAAAAAUAAUUAAUGAAUUGGGGGAAUAUAAUAAUCAACAAUCAAAUUUAGUGCAAAAAAUAAAUAUUGAAAAUGGUGAUUGCCAGAGUUCCAAAGUUCCUCCUAGCAUUGGACCACCUCUAUGCAGUCAGCUUGUACGUGAGGGGCAAACUGUCGUUCUUAAGACUCGCAUACGAGGUACUCCUUUCCCAAGCGUUCACUGGUUCUAUAAUGACUGCCCUAUAGACUUUGAAAGAUCAGAUAUUGGAUUGAGUCGUCAUCAAGAUGGUCAAUGCAUACUAACCAUUCCUUGCAUUAAAGCUGAGAAUAUAGCGGGUAGAUCAACUUCUACAGCUACUUUGAACGUUCUGCUGGGGAUAGGCAGUCCAGCUGCACCUUCUGGUCAAUUCCAAUUUCCUUCUUCGAUGAAACAUCAAAAUAGGCAACAAGGUCCAGUCUAUGCAUUGAUUAAAUCAGAAGGUUCUAAAUCGAGAAGGGCAAGUGAUGGAGAUAUUAUAGAUCCUGGCUAUUCCAGUCUCGCAAACCCUCCAGAAUGCUUCCGCCCUUUUCCUUCAGAAGUGACCAUUAAUGAGGGAGAGAAAGCUGAAGUUGAUUGCAUGAUCUUGGGCAAUCCACGGCCAAAAGUUCAAUGGUUUUUUAAUGGACGGCAAAUCAAAUCCAAUGCUGAAUUUGUCGAGCUUCUAAAUGUUGGCGAUACCUACUCACUUCGUUUUAAUUCUGCUCGUUUGGAAUGUGCCGGUUGGUAUCGUCUUGUUGCAGAAAAUAUCCGUGGUCGUUGUGAAUCUCUAACGCUAAUACAUGUUCGCCCAAAAUCAUUAAUUCCAAAGCCAAUUGGAGGUAAUAACCAAAGGGCUAGACGUUCAAUUGGCGGUGUUCAAGGAUUAUUACAAUGGCAGAAGCAAAGGCAGCAAUUGCUUGAACAACACCAAGCUAGAGCUUUAAGUACUCCUCCACGUCGUGAUUUUGAAGCCAAAAGACAUUCAACCUCCUCAGCCCAUGCCGAAAUGAUGGGGAUUAUGUCAACUUCGGAUUAUGAACCUGAUAGAAGGCAAUCAGGAUUGGAGAUAUUUGUCAACGGAUUUACUGGCAAUGGAGCAACAGAAAUACAUAAUUAUUCAGAUAUUAACAGACCUCCUUCUAGUGAUCAAGAACGAACACUUAUCCUCUCCCCAAGAAUUAUUCAGGAAAAUAAUUUUGAUGUGUCCCCUCCUCAUUUUACUAAAACAUUAGUUUCUGCAAUUGGAAAUGAGGGACAAAAUGUAAAAUUUGAAGCAGUCGUCAUUGGUGAUCCUUUGCCUCGAGUUGUGUGGUCUAAAGAUGGGAAUAUAUUGAAGUCGAAUGAACGAAUUUCUAUCUGGAAUGAUAAUUAUGGCAAAACAAUACUCAAUAUAAAUAAUAUUUAUAGUAACGAUGCUGGCAAAUAUUGUUGUACAGCAGAAAAUAAAGCAGGAAAAGCUUGCACUUCUGCUCAACUUGUACUUUCUGCCAAAAUGAUUGCUCCUGAUUUUGUUGAACGCCUGGUAAGCCAAGAAGUUGAAAUUGGCUCUUCACUCUUCUGGACGGUUAGAACUAGUGGAGAUCCUGAACCUUUAGUUAAAUGGUUUAGAGAUGGAAUUCCAAUUUCUACAGAGUUUGGAAUUAAAAAUGGUAUUCAAACAACUAAAGACGCCCCAUUUAUCUAUUCCCUCAGAAUUGAAUCCCUAAAUGUUGUACAUGCAGGCCAAUUUACCUGUUUGCUAGAGAAUAUUGCAGGGGAAGCUAGGAGCACAGCCGAUUUGGUUGUUAGACCUAAAGGUGCACCUCCUGGGAAGUAUGUUCACGUAACCAAAGUUACACAGGAAAGACAAGAAAAUGGGGUAGCCAAAAAUGAAGUAGUUAUUUUAGAAAACAACGAGAAUAAUCAUUUUUAG